AUCGGUUUGAAAGUCUCUUCUCUGAUUUUGAAGUUAGAACUUCUGAAGAAGAAAUAUUUAGCCAAAAAGAAAAACACUUAGAAGAAGAAAUGUUUUCCUCAAUCUAGGGCUUCUCUAUUUUGAACCUUUUUUUUUGCGUAAUUUGUGUUUCUAAGGUUAGUGUUUAAGAGUUCUGUUCAUGAUCUCAAAAAAAGGUUCAUGAUCUCAAACUGAUCAAUGGAGGAGGAUAAAGCCGCUGCUUAUUAUGACGAGCUCACGCGCAAAGGUGAAGGUGCUGCGAGAUUCAAACAAGGUCUCGGAUUCUCCUCGCAGUCUUCAGAUACCACCACCAAUAAUGCUCCUGCGAGAGGUUCUGCUCUUCCAUCAUCAUCUUCCUUUCUUAGCAGCUUCGUUAGGGCUUCUAGUCCAGGGAAAACUUCAAUAUUCGAGAAACAAGCACAGCUCGAAAGCAUUCAAAACAAACUCAAGAAGAAGCAGAGCUCCAAAGACGAACCAAGGGUUUUGGACCAUCAGAACAGGGAUGAUUCAAGGAGGAGUCGGCGUCGUUCUUCUAGUAGGGAGAGAGAGAGGCAUUCGAGGAGGAGUAGAAGUAGAGAUGGCCAUGAUUCUAGGCGUCGUUUUCGUUCUUCGAGCAGGGAAAGAGAGAGAGACAGAAGAAGCGAGAGGAGGAGGAGAAGCAGGUCUGGGAGCUAUUCGGACGAAGAGAGAAUAAAUAGGGAGAGAAGAAGCGCGAAGAGAAGGAGGAGCAGGUCUCAGAGCUACUCGGAUGAAGAAAGAAGGCGUCCAAGAGGUUAUAGAGAAGGAAAAGGGAGAGCAAGGAGAAGCCGGAGCUCGUCUCCUCGGGAACCAAGGUCGGAAAAGGGUAGAAGCGAUCGGUAUGAAAACAGAGAUGAGAGUAAAAAAAACGAAAAGAAUGGUGGGAUCGACUAUUCUCGACUCAUUGAUGGAUACGCUGAAAUGACUGCAGCUGAGCGAGUUAAAGCCAAGAUGAAGCUUCAGCUUACAAACACUGCUGAGAAGGAUUCAGCAAUGGGCAUAGGUGCUGGUUGGGAACGUUUCGAGUUCAACAAGGAUGCUCCACUUGAUGAUGAAGAAAUAGAAGCGGCAGAUGAUGACAAGGUCUUGGUUAAGCAUAUUGGUCAGAGUUUUCGGUUUUCUGCUGUGGAGGCAAGAAGGGAAGAAGAUAUCAAGGCUGCUCAUGACAAGGCCAUGUUUGGAGCGCCAAUAGCCCCACCACUUGUCAUUCCAGAUGAAUUACCAACCAAGGAAACUGAGAUAAAAAAGAACAAUGAAAAUAGCGCUGUUAAAGACCUCGUUAGUGACAAGGUACUAGCUAAGCAACAAGGUUCUUGGCGAGAUCGAGCCCGUAAACUUCAUAAUGAACCAGCAAGCUGAUGGAAUACACAUUUACAAAAAGGAAAUACAUUUGAAGCAUGCUUUAGGGGACUUCUUAUUGGCAUGAAGCAGGAGAGAGACUAUGGAUGGAGAAUCAGGGAGAUUUGGAGCUAUUCGGAAGAUCUUGGAGAACUGAUUUCUGGUUACAAUACCACUUCAUGGCAUUGGAGUGUAUAUCCAUUUUUUUGGAUGUGUAUAGAUUUCCGUCUAGCAUUAUUUUUGUUUCAAGCCCAGUAACGAAGUUGUACCAGUAAUGGGAGGAUAGCACAAUGGCAAUAGCAAAACGAUCUCAGUUUUACAACUUCAGGUUGUAUAAUAAUGUAACUCACUUUCUCUCUACUUAAUGAAGUUUUUCUUUUUCUUAUUAAAAAAAAAAAAUUAUCAGUUCAACUACUUA